ACACGGCACACUUCGGCCAGACGUUGUUGAAUCCACUGAAAGAAUCCAGAAGUUACCAGGACCAAGUUCACGCACCUUAAAGAAGGAGGAGUGACGAGCUCGUUUUUAACCAGAAGGAGGGUUAACUUCAGAUCUUGAAGAACAGGUUUGGGUUGAAGAACAAGAAAAGAGUUUCCCUGUUGGAGCUAUUGUGUUAAGACGCUGGCUGUUGGUGCUGUGACUAAACUGCACCAUGAAUGGGCCGCAGAAAAUCGAGCUCGGUGCCACGGGGGGAACCUCCAAACAAGACAGCAGCAAAAUGGACGACAUGACGGUGGAACAGAUCACCAUGAAGGCCAACGAAGUGACUGACGAGUCCCUGGAAAGCACACGGAGGAUGCUGCAGAUGGCAGAGGAGAGCAAACAGACCGGCGUCAAUACCAUGGAGAUGUUGGACCAUCAAGGAGAGCAGCUGAGGCGUGUGGACGAGGGCAUGGACCAAAUCAACCAGGACAUGAGACAGGCUGAGAAGAACCUGACUGACCUCUCCAAGUGUUGCGGCCUCUGUGUCUGCCCCUGUGACAGGGUGUCGUCUAUUGAGCACGACUCAAAAUACAAGCGUACCUGGGGUGUUAGAGGAGGUGACGGCGAACUCGACUCCAAUGGCUCCAAAGUGGUCUCGAGGCAGCCCUCAGGCGUCCGCAAUGGCCAGGCCGUCCAGGCGAACGACUCGGCGCCCUCGGGCCCGUACAUCAAGAGGAUAACCAACGACGCACGUGAGGAUGAGAUGGAGGACAAUCUGAACGCAGUGGGCGGCAUCAUUGGCAACCUGAAAAAUAUGGCUACGGACAUGGGCAACGAGAUCGACAAGCAGAACAAACAGAUUGACGGCAUCAAUGAGAAGGCGGACAUGAACAGGCUUCGCAUUGAUGAAGCGAACCAGAGAGCCAACAAGCUCAUCGGCUAGAAGAGGAAUGCUGCUUCUGCCAGUUUAUAGCAUGAGCCUCUGUCGCCACACCUACACACACACACACAUACUGCAUACUUGUGCACAUGCACAAACACACACACACUCUUUGAUAUAGAAAAAAAGAAAUUCAGUCAGGAAGAAUAUCUUUGCUUUAUAGAUUUUUAUUAAUUGGCCGCCACGUGUAUUCAUACUCAUGCUAGACUUUGAGCAUCAGAAAGUGCACCAACAGGAAGUGACUGCCGGCCUAUCACUGCUGUUCUAUACUAAAUCUGCACCAGGCCUGUUGUAUCAUCUCAACAUUCAUUCAGGAAGGGAAGUAGAACAGGUCAGCUGAUUUUUCUUUCUCUUAACGUUAUAUGAACUGUCUGUGCGUGUGUGUUUUGUAUGGAUGAGGUCAUGGAUCCAUACUCAUGAUCUGUCUUUUUAGUGAUUUAUAAAGCAAACCAUUAAUGAAUGCGUCCCCCCCCUGUUGGUCCCAUCGUGACACAGCGAAAUCUAGUUUAAUCCUAAAACAUUGACUUUGAAACAAAUGCCUGUUACUCAAAUUCGUAUCGGUCCAGUGUGUAAUUAAUGUAUCGUAUCAUGUGUACUACUUUGAAAUAAUGUGCUUAUUUAAUUAUUCUUUAUCAAGCAGUAAUGACUUGUGAAUAAAGUUUUUUUUUUUUUAACACUUUGUUCUCAUUAAGCCGUUUCAGACGUAAAGGCUAUUUCAAAAAAAAAAAAUACAAAAUGUUGUGCUUUGGAGUGAGUCACGGCAAAAUCCUUUCAUGCUGGAAUUCAAAGCGCCUACCCCUGAAUGAUAGCAAUUUAAUGUUUUUAAAGUUUUCUGACUGAUGUCAAGUCAAGGUUGUCGUAACUAUUUUUGCGAGAAAGUUGCGAGGAGCUGAGCUGGCGUUGGAAAUGUAAUAUAUUUACGAGUAAUUACUUGUCCUUCAAAUGUGAAGGAGGGUCAGUGAGCAUCAUGAGACGCGUUCAUCAUUCUCGUUUAUCUUAUUAUUAUUAUUAUUAUUAUUAUUAUAUGGUUGAAUAGCAGAUUCGUCAUCAGUGGAUCAACUGCUGUACGUCAGAUUUGGUGUCUCUUGCCGUUUUUCUCUCAGAGUUGAUGUAAAUACUGAAACAUAUUGUAGCUGUUUAUAAUAAUUGCCUAUAGUCAUUCUGUUAAUCUAAUUUUUCUGUCUUCCCUUCCUCCUGGCUAAUAAAGAUUUAUAGCGCCCACGAGCAGAUUGAACAGCCUAUGCAGGGUUCCUACGCCAGUCUCGUAAUAUGCGGAAAAUUAAUUUCCUCAAGUCUGAUAAUUGCACACACUCGUCUGUAAACAAAUGUUCGGUUCCGAAACACACGACUGUACGUAGUUUCAAUCUGCUGUUAUUCCUCACGUUGGCUCACUAGGUCUUCAUUAUGGCAUAUGCAGCAGUUUUGUCAUGAUGAAAACCCACCUAAAAUAAUCAAAUUAAAGAAAUUACUCCCGGGAUUAAAUUUAGAAAUGGGAGACUGUGCGGGAACCUUGUCACUGCCUUUUAUAGAUGAUCCAUGGUUGCGUUGUAACAGCCACUGUAUCACAAACUCCUGCAUCUGUUAUGUAAAUAGCCCGUUUUUCACAGCACAACUGCAGUAAAAAAUGAUAAUCUGAUGAUGGAAAGCAUAAUUUGUUUUGUCAAAUCCGUAGCCAGGCUGAGAAAUGACUGCUGGCAGCAGAAAGCAGAAGUAUACAUGUAAAUGAUGUUUAAGAGGAAAGCGUAGAAGUAAAAUAAUAAGUCCUGGCGGGCUUCUGUUAAGGCCUCGCUGUGGAGAAUUGGCUAACGAUAAAGUAAUACAGUACGCUGGAAAAUAUCUCUCGUAUGCAUCUUCUGGUUUAUUUGUUUUUGCAGAAUGAUGAUGCUCGUGCUCUGCUGCAGGCGUACACCUAUUGAGUUUGUAAAGAUUGAAAUGAACUGUUAUUCAGGGCUUUGUGUUGCUAUAAGUGUUCUUCGUCAGCCUGUUGUCAGCGGAGAUCUAAUUAGUGCAGCCUGAAGCUGAGUCGCUGUCUUCAGGCUGUUUGUUCAUUGUUUCACCAACAGUUUGUUUUUGAAUAUGUCCACAUGCAGCUCGUCUUAUCUGAAAUUAGCUUUGUUAACAGAUAAUGCCUUUUUUGUUUCACACCUGCCUCUGUUAAAUUGUUUGUAUUCAAUAAAUCUAUUCUAAAAAUUCA